AUGAAACUGAGUGUGGGGAUAUUUUUUGGAGGUUUAUUCGCAGCUCUGGGAGUUUUGCUCUUUUUGGUGGCGUUUGGAACUGAUUAUUGGCUUCUUUCUACAGAAGUAGGAAGGUGUUCAAAAGCACCUGAGGAUGCUGGGACUGAGAUGGCCACGUUUCAUCAUGAAGGUUUCUUCUGGAGGUGCUGGUUUAGUGGAAAUGUGAGAGAGCAUAAUACCAGCAUGUGGAAGUUCUGGUACACCAAUCAGUCACCUUCUAAGGUUUGUACACAUGCUUACCUCUCACCAUUUCCUCAUAUCCGAGAUGAACACAACUCAACUUCUUACGACUCUGCAGUCAUUUAUCGAGGUUUCUGGACAGUUCUUAUGCUCCUGGGAGUGAUCACUAUUGUGAUGGCUAGUUUCCUGAUCAUCUGUGCAGCUCCUUUUGCCAGCCACAUUCUGUACAAGGCAGGAGGAGGCUUUUACAUUAUUGCUGGUGUCUUGUUUUCACUGGUAGUCGUGAUGUAUGUCAUCUGGGUCCAGGCGAUGGCUGAUCUUGAAAACUACACAAACAUGAAAAAAAUGGAUUGCCCAGACUUUGCUGUUUAUGUACGCUAUGGCUGGUCUUUCAUGCUGGCUCCAAUAGGAGUAUUUUUUGCUUUAUUAGCAGGAAUGCUGUUCUUGUUGGUAGGGCGUGCCAUUUAUUUAAAUUCAGACUAGUCAUACACUGCCAAACAGAGUAUAGAAGUCCUAAUAAAACUUCCUGACACAAUUUUAUAUAUCAUUACCAUUAUUACAAUCCUAAGUAUGCAGGCACACUUACGGAAUUUCUUCUGUUACUUGUUUAAGAGUAGAGGACACAAAACUCAAUACAGGAAGAAACCACCCUUAAUACCCCUUGUUGCUUUUAAUUCUAUAGGAAGUACACACAUAAUUCUCCAUAAUGUACUAUUUGCAGCAUUUUUGCAGUUUUGCAAACCAGAGGAAGGCAAAAAUGUUCUGCAACCAAAAGCCCAAUAUGAAAUGGGCCAAAUCAACAUUUUGUACAUUUGUCUUUUAGUAUUUAUCGUGUGCUUCCACUUGUGGAGAAUGGUACAAGAUGGAGGGAAAACAAAUGGUCAAACACAGUAAUUAAGUCUACCUCCUCUCCUGUUUUCCACUACUUGCCUUAGUUUUGAUUCAACCAAACAUCUGCAGUCUAUAAAAAUAGAGUGCAGUUGUUCAUGAAGAGUCCAUGGGAAGAGGACAAGAGAGAAGACAAUAGCAGUGAACAGCAAUUUGGUGCUAGUCUGUCCGUGUAAAAGCUUAACUGCUUCUGUUUCAUUUCUCCUUUCUGUAUGCAUUUGAAUGCUGUAUACUUUCAUGUUUGUUGCAUGAUUUUGUAAGCCAAAAUACCAUAUCUGAAUCACUAGUUAACGUUAUGCCAAAAACUGUUCUUUGAAUUAUAGCUUUAAUAUUUUAAUCAAGUAUUUGAUUUAUUUUUGAAUGGAAUAAUUGGCUCCUCCCAGAAACAUUUUCCUGGUGAUGUAACAUGAAAGAUUUAUUAUGAUGGUAACUAUCCAGAGUAUGAAAAUGUAUGUUUUAUGUAGCCAACAUUUUCUUAAAUAUUA